CUCUUAUUUUCCUGUUUUUUUCCCCUCCCGGGCUUCCUCUCUCCUUCGCUCUCUAGAAUGGAGCUCUAGCCUCUCUCUCUCUCUCUCUCUCUCCUCGAUAGUCUUCACUUUUCUAGAGCAGCUUUUGAUGGGGUCUAUGCUUGGUGAUUGGCCUUCAUACAAUCCUCACAAUUUCAGCCAACUUCGACCGUCGGAUCCCUCCAAUCCCUCUAAGAUUACACCUGCCACUUAUCAUCCUACUCAUAAUCGGACUGUUCCACCCCCUAAUCAAGUUAUAUCAACUGAAGCUACGAAUAUUCUUUUGAGACAGUUCUAUCAACGUGCUGAGGAGAAGUUGAGACCUAAAAGAGCAGCCUCAGAGCAUCUGAUUCCAGAGCACGGAUGCAAACAACCUAGGGGUUCUUUUGCAGAUUCGUCCGGCUGAGUCUUUUCAUUAGAACGUUUGAGUUUUCUGCAUGUCGAGUUCUUACUAUCAAGGACGUUUGACUGUUAAUUGAAAUACAAGUUGAGUGCUCGCUCGCUUGGUUUUCUCAUUUGUGUUGCAUGUUUUGCCAGACAUGUAGAUCGUGUAUUAAUAGUUUCUAAAUAGAACAAAUUAAAAGGGGAACGGGGAAACUCGUUCCCUGAUAGAAUCAA